AUGACUGAGUAUAAUUUCCCCCCCCUACGCUCAUUCCUCCCUUCUAAUGCUUAUGAUAAUACUUAUACUGCGUCCACAUCACCUCUUCUUAAUGAUCAUUGUUCUCUGCCACUGGUACCCGAUCCAAAUAAUUUCCAUCGUCAUUCUCAGGAGAGUCGUGAUUCUCACUCCAACUGGUCUCAAGGUGUCUUAUUGUCAAAGCAAAUGCAAGCCUUGCAGGAAACUAUUGUAUCGCUUCGUGCAGAGAAUGCAGUUCUGCUGGCCUCUCGAGAUUCAUACCAAGAUGCAUAUGACAAACUUGUAGCCUCACUUCGGCUGAUUCAAGUCGGAACUCCAUCAGAGCCUGGCACCACUACCGAGCAUCCUGUCAUUCUGCAGCCUAUGACAUUAACGCUCCCUCCUCAGCUCAAUAAAUCAGACUACCCCAAUGUCAGGUUUUGGACGCACAAGAGCUUCAAGGUCUACGACAAGAGUGCGAAUGCGCAGUCUACAGACCGCGGUGCAUUUCCAUUCCUCGAAGAUAAGGACGGUCAUCCACUAUCAGAAGAUCAUGUUGCUGCCAUUGGGCAGGCAAUGCGGGCAAUCUGGCAUGGCUUCAAGUCGCGUCACAUUGCACCUGUCACUUGGGGGGGUGCGAGCUCUGCUGUUAAGAAUGAGUUCAUUGCAGAGAUGGUGAAGGCACAUCCCGAGGUGGGAUUCUGCGAACACUAUUGGAAGAUUAACGCAUUGGCUACAGCACGUUAUUCGUCUUGGAAGCAGUCAUACUUGACUGACUCUGAGGGGAUUCAAUCGGAGGCUAAAUUGGACAAUUUGUCACGCAAGAAACGCAAGUCGUUGAAAGUGAAAAUCUCCGAUGACGACUGUGAACGUGCCAUGAAGAGGCUCAGGGUUGGCGACUCCGACGACUCCGACGGCAGCAUUAUAUUGUCGCCCACUAUCAGUGGCAACUUGAUAGACUACGAGACAUCAACUUCAUCCCCCCAUGAUACCACUGCAUCCACGCCCUCUGAAUAUCCUGCAAGCACAAGCACAUCGGACACAGACCCAUCCACUACCACGAACACUUCCAGCUCCAACACUUCCAUUAGCAUGAACGUAUCCACUACCACCUGA